CAAGACAAACCUCAACUUAUUGAUUUGUUUUCAUUAUUUUCUAUAAAUAAUGGGGGUACAGUUGUACCCCUUGUACCCCCUCUAGAUCCGCCCAUGGGUCCCAGGACCAUUGCUGACAAAGACAUAGAAGCCUAGAACCAACCCAAAACGUACAGUUGUGAUCACCUUAAUUAACAAAAAAAAAACAGUUAAGGGGUGUUUCAAGAUUUCAUAUAUUAUCUUAACAAUAACCAGAAAAUGAUAUUUAAUAUUGCUAUGAUUGAGUUUUUAAGACAACACCGGACAAUUAAGAUUUAGAUGAGUAGCAUGCACAUCACACGGUUGGAAUGCAAGAAAAGGUCAAUAAAACAUAAAAUAAGAAGCCUACAAAACUAAUCAAUACAACUUAGAAAUUUUGCAAUGCAUGGGGCUUGCACCUAGAACGUUAAUGGUCAGCACGUUUAAGGGGAUUUACCCCACAAGUAGAAAAAAAACCCAAUAAAAUACAAAAAAAAAAUCCUAGCUUAAACGUUGGUGUCACAAAGUCUCAAGAGAGAAUCUAAACACAGUGAUGAUUGGUAAGCACGUCUUCCAUCUCUAGCUGUUUUGCCUAACCACAUUCUGUCCUUUUCACUGCCAUUUGACUUAGUCCCUCACGAAAAAUAUACCAUAUACUCAUAUAUUAGUACAUGAUUAUUUUAUAGAUUUUGUCCCCUAUGUUACAUUAUUGUCACGUAUAACUAUAUAUAGUGAAGUUCCUUGAACAUUCUUUCUGCUAAUACUCAAAUCUGAAAGCACCCGACUUUUCUGAUUUAGUCUUCUCUUUCCCUUGCAUAUAAUCACUGAAAGAAGAGAAGAUGGUAAGAGUACAUACCAAAAACUCGGCUUCUUGCUUCAGGAUAAGUAAAGCUCGAAUUCGAGUGCGUUCACCACCGCUGCAGUCCAAUCCAGCCUAUAAUUCUAUCAAAGCUGGCCACAAGAAUCAUCAGUACUUUGAGAAUGACUGUGGCUCGAGCUUCAACAGCGACACAAAUGGAAGCAGUGAAGAGAACUCUGAAAAUGGCGAACCCAAAGAGGGAAACAGGAUCAUGGUGGUUGUAGAUGCAAGCCAAGAGGCCAAUGGUGCUCUUCACUGGGCAUUAUCCCACACUGUUCAAAAAGAGGACACUGUUAUUCUUCUCCAUAUAACAAAGCCAUCAAAAAACGGUGCAGGUUCACAUUCUGAGGGUGACAUUGAUCCGAAAGCUUAUGGACUUCCUUACUCUUUGAAAAGCGUUUGUCAAUCCAAAAGACCUGGGGUACAGGUGGAAGUAUUAGCACUUGAAGGGAAAGCAAAGGGUCCAAUAAUAGUAGACCAAGCAAAGGAACAGAAGGCGUCUUUACUGGUGUUGGGCCACAGAAGGCGAUCAAAGGCAUGGAGAUUUUGGAUGAGAUGGGCGGGAAGAAAUAGGAGUAGCCACAGCGUUGUGGAUUACUGCAUCCAAAAUGCCGAUUGCAUGACAAUUGCUGUAAGGAGGAAGAACAAAAAACUAGGCGGCUAUUUGAUUACCACCAAGCGUCAUAAGAAUUUCUGGCUCUUAGCCUAACUUUUAUUUUAAUCACGAAUAGUAGGCUCAAUGAAGGUCUGGCCUCAAUUAGAAGGGGCUGGGUGUUUGUAAAUCAUCAUUCUAUUGUACAUCUGAAAACUUCUUACGUAAUACCCCUCUAUUCAAAAUUCAAUGUCUCACUUUCGAGGCUCUAAACA